UUAACUUCUACAGUGCAGUCAAAGAUGAUAACCAGUUCUGUGUACUAGUAUGAAGCAUGAACCAUGAAGAGGAGAAGCAAGAAAAGUACACUGAAAAAAACAAACAAAAGAAGUCAACUGCAAAGUCAUUUCUAUUAUUACAACUAAAUUAAUGAAUUAGAAAAUAGUACUUUCUGUCUGCUUUCCUCUAUUCUUUCUGCAGAUUUUCCAUUUGCUGAUGAUUUUUCUUCUCCAUUUAACUUGUCAAGUUUCAGUUUAUAAUCUGCAUCUAUGGCAGUAGUUUUUUCUGACCUGUUCUUGCCUGUUCUUGCCAUAGCGCAGGUAAUCUUAACAGGGAUACUAUAACAUCUGAAUCAUUAUUGAUUAUGUCAUUCACAGCAACAAGUGCUUUAAUAUAUGUGGAGAGGAGGAAACUUUUUGAUGUGUUCCCUGAUGAUGUGAAGCAAGCAUGGAAAAAGUGGGAGGUUCAAUGUUUGAUUCUAUUCAGCCUGAUGUUUCAAGUUGUGCUGGUUGUGCUGGGGCACAAGAGGAAGUAUUUGGGAAAGAGGACAAGGAUCAGAUUUCUUAUCUGGUCUGCUUACAUUUUGGCUGAUUGGGUUGCUACUGUUGCGCUUGGUGUCCUUUCUCAGGACACUCUUGAAGAUAAUAAACAAGGCGGUGACCGAACGGCGAUGAAGGAGCUCAUGUCAUUCUGGACUCCAUUUCUUCUGCUUCAUCUUGGUGGUCCUGAUACCAUUACAGCUUAUGCACCCCAAGAUAAUGAGCUUUGGUUGAGGCAUUUGGUUGGACUUGUCAUUCAGACUGGACUGGCUUUAUAUAUACUGCUUGUUACUUUGCCUGGCUCUUCUUGGCUUCCUAUUUUGAGUAUACUCAUUUUCUUGGCUGGCUUAAUCAAGUUUCUGGAGCGAACUCUGGCGCUAAGAUUGGCAAACACGGAUCGCCUCAGGGACUCUAUGCUCACUUCCCCUGAUCCAGGACCUAAUUAUGCUAAAUUCAUGGAGGAGUAUACUUUGAAGAAGGCUUGGGGUUUCUCUGUGGUCACGAAUGAGGUUAGAGAGCAUCCCAUUUUGAUUGAUGAUGAAGUCUCUUAUCCUGCUGAUGAUGCCAAAAAGUUAAUAUCAGUGGCUCAUGAUAGGUUUCAGAGAUUUAAACGUCUUUUUGUUGAUCUUAUCCUCAGUUUUCAAGAUAGAGACAGCAGCCAAUCCUACUUCCUGAGUCUUGACUCAGGACAAGCUUUUAAAGUUGUUGAGGUUGAACUUGGUCUUGCAUUUGAUAUGUUCUACACCAAGGCCCCUAUAGUGUAUUCCAUGGCAGGCUGCAUUUUACGUGUUUUUACUUUUUCCUGCACUUUCUUGGCUUUAAUCUUCUUUGUGGUUCUCUGUGAGAGGGAUAAAUAUCGCAUCAUAAACUUGAUCCUCACUUAUCUGCUGCUGUUUGUGGCUAUUAUUAUGGAGAUUUAUGCUGUGAUCAUUCAACUGCAGUCAGACUGGAUGGUUCACUGGCUUCGUAAACAUCAUAAGAUUCGUGAGUACCUCAAUGGUACUUGUUCAGAGGUCACAAAUAGAAGAAGGUGGUCUAAUUCAAUGGCACAGUACAACUUGCUAAGCGUUUGCUUGGAGGAACGGCCUGCUGUAUGUUAUCAAUUUCAGAGACUCCUUGGUUUGGUUGAAUUUCGAGAAAAGCAUCGUUACAAGACAUAUGUGGAGGUUUCUCCUGAUCUGAAAACUCUAAUUUUUGACCAUUUCAAGAAGUUUGCUACUUUUCAAAAAAAAAAGAAGUUUGCUGGAGAAAAUGAACCUGGUCCUCCAGCACUAUGUACUCGAAGAGAUAGUUUAGCCCUUAAAAGAUUUUUAUCUGAGUGGACUAAUCAGGAGGAGAUUGAAUUCGAUCAGAGUUUGCUGAUGUGGCACAUUGCUACUGAUAUCUGCUAUUGUUUGGAUGAAGGCCACAGCUCUUCUGAUUCUAGUCUGAAGCAUAGAGAAAGCAAGCAUUUAUCAGAUUAUAUGUUGCAUCUCCUAGUCCUACACCCUUUCACAUUGCCAAUAGGAAUAGGGUUGAUAAGGUUCCGUGAUACAUGUGCUGAAGCUAAGCAGUUCUUCAAGGAGAUAAAGUUCGAAAAAGGGGAGAAGAAAAGCAAAGCUUGUGACAAGUUACUUCAGGUAAAUACGGAAGUUCUCCCUUUGAAAGUCAAGGGAGACAGAAGCAAAACUGUGCUGUUUGACGCAUGUAUCCUGGCGAAAAAACUCCGAGCACUGGACAAGGUUAGCAGAUGGAAUGAGAUUACUGAUGUUUGGGUGGAGAUGCUUGCAUAUGCUGCCACGCAUUGUAGAGGAAAUCAUCAUGUUCAGCAGCUUCGCAAAGGGGGUGAACUCCUCACUCAUGUCUGGCUUCUGAUGGCACAUUUUGGGAUUACACAACAGUUUCAAAUCUAUCACGGUCAUGCGAGAGCUAAGCUUGUGGCGAAGUAGAGUGUUGUUUGCAGCCUAACCUGACGCUAUGAACAGACUGAAAGCUGAUAUUUUUUAUCCAUUCGUCACCCUGCAAUGGCGGACAUUGGAAAUCUUUGUGUCAGGUGUCUUUCACGUUCCCACAAGAUAAAGGUGGCACAUUUUUUGUAGUCUCAACUUUUGAGUUGAAUUCAUGCUAUUCUUCAAUAAAUAGGUCAUGUUUGUGUCCAUUAAUAUAGUUAACCUUGUCAAGUUUUAUUGCUCAAUUUUGUGACGUCCACAAAUUGCCACCCAAAAUUUUUUAGUUCCGACAUGUAUAUUCAGAAUGUCUCAUCUUUGUUGCUGCAUAAAUACCCUACUGAUGUGGAUGAAAGCAGGAUUAGAUCAGCAGGUGCUCUCUGUGCAAAUGUAGAGGAUUUUCUUGAGUUUUGCUCAAAGUUUUAUAUUCACUUGCAACACAUAUUUGUCCUGAAAACUACAAUGAUAGAAGUACUGAUAAGAUUCUCAGUAGGACAGCAGAACCAACCUUCUGCUUAGGGCCGCCUUGUGUUUAAAAGGGCACAAAAUUUAGAAUCGGUGAAACUGGCAACAGUCCUAAGGAGAAGACUAGAUUUGCCAAUACGCAAUACCCAAAAGGCCAGAAACUGCAGAGUUAGUUUUAGCCUGAAAAAUGGAUUAGGACAAACCUAUGGAAGCAAAAUGGUCGUUUUCCCCAUUACAAAAUGAUGUGAUGGUAAAUGACAGUGAAC